GCGGCCAGCCUUCAGCGCUUCAGCGCUUCAGCCGUUCUCGCCACAAGUCCACCGCUGCCUCUCUUCUCGCCGUCACUCCCAUACUUCACAAAAUGUCUGUCUCGACUGUCUCUGACAUAUUUAAUAGGCCUCCAGUGAUCUCGGAGGACACCCUGCAAUAUACGCUCUACCCGCGAGACGAUCUCACCGAUCGGGCUUCUGUGACCACUCUUGCAACCCUUAUGCGUUCCUACGUUGACAGCCUACUUCCCGGUCACCUCUGGCAUCGUGAUGCCUUUGAGAUGAAGGUGGUGGAGAACACAGAUGGGCAAGGGUGGAUGCUUGAGGGGAGAAUGAGAGUGGGCGACUGUGUAGACGAUGAGUGGUGUGCAGUCUGGCUACUCAGAGAACUUAGUGCCAAGUGGGACGCCGCGAUCAGCGUUUUCGACUCGGACGGCGAAUUCUUGCUCAUUGAAGCGGCGGAAGCUCUGCCGUCGUGGGUCACCCCUAGCAAUGCUGAGAAUAGGGUUUGGAUUUAUCAAUCCCACCUGCACCUCAUUCCUCUCUCACACGUCUCUGCACCGUCUAGCAAACCUCGACAUAGACGCUACCCGCAGACCAAAGACAAUGAUGAUGAAGGCGACCCUACACAAGACGACAUCGACGACUACAUAUCUGUACUAGAUGCUUCUAGGGUCGUGCGAGACCCACUCAUAGAUACACUCGCUCCUUUGGCAGUCGAGCAGCUCGUCUGGAAGAGGAUACAUGGAUAUCCUGCGGCCGCUCUCCAGCAUGUUCACGUUGCAAAGGCCUAUCUUCCGGUCGACAUCGCUCAAGCUUUGGCCGUGGAUCCGUCGCUCAUCCAAAAACCGAUUGAGACAUUCUACACGCGCGAUGCUCUGCAACUACGUGCAGCUCACAAGAUGUCGCGGUUUCCUCCUGAGCCAUCUGUCCUGACAUCUGUGAAGAUGACGCGCACUGCAUAUGCGCAGCUUGCGGGUCAAAAGUUCUACCCGCCCAAGGUAUUCGGACGAUGGCAGGAGGUAGAAGGCACACAGGAAUGGAGAUGGCGUGAUAUCGGUAUGAAGAUUGCAUGCGGCUUCGAAAUGAUGUUCCAGGAGAGCAAAGGCCGCUCGGAUUCUACGAGAAUUUCAUCAGAGGCUAUGCAAUCAUCUGCUGCGGCGCGCAAAGAGACAUUACGGCGCAAUGCUGAUUAUGUCAAGUACAUCCAGAAUUUGGAAUCGUCUGGAUAUUUCAGAGGAGAGAUCGAGGGGUCCCGACGCUGGAACGAACUGGAGGGUCAGGCCGUCGAAGCAUUUUUGGAAGCUCGUAGAGAAGACGAUGCCAGUAGACCUUCAUUUGCCGCCACAGUGAAUACUGCACUGUCUCGCGCGGGAGAUGUGUAUAUCCCGGCUGCAGAACAAGAGGACCCCGAUGACUGGCUCAAUGUAGACGCUGACACACUCGACUCGAUGCUUGAACAGAACUUCGGCUCGAAGGAUUCGUCGAACGCUGUGGACGUUGAUGCUACUUCCGCGGAGUCGGCCGAGAACCGCGCCGCAAAACAACAAGCUACCCGCCUACACGAUUUUGCUAAGAAAAUGGAGGAGUUUGUAGAGGGUGAGGGUGAUAUCGAGGGAGCAAGAUUUGCGGACGAACAAUUCUCGGACGAGGAGUUCAGCGACUCCGAUGAGGACGAGGACACCGAAGAAACCGAGCAUACAGGAGCGACUCAGCCUCAAGACAGCAUAGACGCCGCCGAAAGGGCGCGAAGACAAACCGCUUUGGAUAGUCUUGUCCCUCCAAUUGAUGCAUCGGAUUAUGGCAAGAUGCCAUCAUCCUACUACGUCAAUUCACAAAGAGUCACCACUAUUACCAUGGAGACAGAGAUGAGGGAGGACGUCCCAUCUCAGAAUUCUGUCGCAUCGGCUUCGGAACUACCUCAGCAACCGAUCCGUCCCCCCAUUAUUCCGCGCGAUAUAUAUGAUGGAGUCGACUCAGAUGAUGAGACAGAUGAGGAAGACGGCGAAGCGGACGACGAAGAGGAAGACAAACCGCAGAUCGUUGGUGACAUUGAGGUUGAUAUGGAAGACGAAGAAGAAGAGUUCCUCGAAUUCGCACGGCAGGCACUAGGCGUAUCAAAUGAGCAGUGGAAUGAUAUCGUCCAGGAACGUCAAAGCAGGGGUGCAUACGUGCCUUCGCAAUUCGUCGCGAAGACCACGUCAACGAAAGCCGCGUCCACGACGCUUUACCAGGACAACGAUGGGGUCCAGUUGGCAAGUGACAAUACCCGUAUACCAGCACCAGGUCCCCGCCCAAACGUGAAUCCCAACUUGGAUUCUUUUGAGGCUGUCAUGCAGGCCAUGGACAUUGAACUUGCCCGGAUGCGAUCGAGCCAAGAACCCUCUGACGUCGGUAGGUCUGACUCUGUGGACAAGGGCAAAGCCAAGGCAAAGGCAACAGCGGGUCAGAACGUCGAUAUUGAAGCCGCCAUGGACGCUGAACUUCGAGCCGCCCUGGAGACAGGACAGAACGGCGACGAAGAUAGUGAUCCCGAAGAUCCUGGGGAAGGUCUAGAUUACAACCUGAUCAAGAACUUCUUAGAGAGUUUCAAGAGCCAAGGUGGGUUGUCAGGCCCGGUGGGAAAUCUGGCGGGGAGAUUGCAGCCGGGAUGGACGCUGCCUAGAGACGAGGCUUGAGUUUGAGCGCGGUAUGCAAGCAGACUUGUAUGAUUAGGAUGAUCGAUGCGACUACGUUCUACUCUUGA